AUGAGUCUCUACCCCCGAGGGCUGCCAGCACUGCCGGCGCUUGUUCCAGGUGACAGCCGCCCGGCAACAGGGCGAAUCGGUGGCGGCCGUUUAAAGAUGACGGGGCUCCGGGCGGCUGUGCCAUCCAUCCGGCUGUCCAUUCAAACUCCAAACGCAAGUUCGACAUGGAAGGGAUGGGCAUGGCUGGUGGCUCAAGCCUUGCCUCCCCCCCCCCAACCGUCCGGCGCCGAUCCCUCGGGCUGA